AUGCCACGGGCGGUCAUCUCGGAGGCCGAAGGGAACAAGGCACUUGAGGCUGCAGGGACGGACAUCAAGUACCUGCUAUCGAGGCAUGAGGUCAGCGUUGACAAUCAGAAGCUGUUCUUCCACCAUGGAGUGACCACCAUAGAGAAGCUUUCGAACUUUGCAAAGGACAGAGAUGAUUUGGCAGCAGUUCUCAAAGAGCACUGGGAGCUGGACUCGGACAGAUCACUGGAGGAGAGGGUGCAGGUGGCGGCAAUCACCUGCGCCUUUAGCAAUGCAAAGACAAGGAGCCAGAGGGCCGCAGAGGUCGAUGCAGAGUACGACACACUGCAGUGGUCACGUCCCGUAGUGGCGGGAGAAUGGGCGGCAAUGCGCUCAGCAUUGGAGAAGAGGUACGGCCACUUGGAGGACAAGAUCUACCCGUCGAAAGAAUUUGUUGAAAAGAAGUUGGCGGAGGUUGAAAGUGGUGAAUAUCGGGCUGAAGAGCUCACAGAAGUUGUGUCGAAAGAAGAAAUCGAGCCCGAUGGGGUCGUGCCCAUUUGGGACUCCAAGGGCCGUCUGGCCAUGCGGAAGGCAUCUACGAAGGUGCAGGAACCGGCAAACGCUGAAGAGCUUCGUCGGCGACUGACUAUUUGGAAGAAUGCCAUGGUCAUGAUCUCGCUGAAGCACUCGAACCGGCAUGAGCUACAAGGUGCUUGGGAAGAGACGGUGGAGCAAUGCAAAGAUUAUUUGUUGGGUGACUAUGUCUAUGGGUUGAGUGCCAAAGACGCUGAGGGCCAGACCUUUGCUGCGCCACCAUGGAAGUUGGUCAUAGCCUAUGAGAGAGCCAUCAGGAAGCAAGCAGUCAAGCUCACCAAUACAGAAGGCAAGCCCCUGACCGUGGCACUCAAGAUGGCAUGGAAAGACGCUACAGUGAAGGAGAGGAACUUCACAACCCCUUUGGCAUUGUAUGCAAAAAGGCCGACGCCGCCGUGGAGGGAGCAGCCUGUGCAGAAGUGGGCCGCUACGGAGAAGGGCGCCAAGGGGAAGGACAAGGGCAAAGGAAGGAAAGGACACUUGAAAGUCCUCUACAUCUUUUCCGGGAGGAAGCGCCGCAACUCAGUGGCUUGGUACCUCCGGGAGCUUGCACUACGAAAGGGUGUUCAGGUGGAGAUCACCGAAUUGGACAUCCAGUCUGACAGACGAUCGGACUUCACAAUCCCCGCUGUACAGAAGAAGUGGCUUCAGUUGAUUGCUCAAGGCAUCUACUACGCUGUUAUCGUGACUCCACCCUGUUCGACCUUUUCGAGAGCAGUGUGGGCGAAUGAUUUGGGGCCUUUCCCACUGAGGAGUUCCACCUACCCGAGAGGGUUUCCAUGGAAUAGGGCUGAUCGGUUUCACAAAGCAGAAUUUGGGACGAUUCUGGCAGACUUCUCUUUUGAGGCACUGAAGCGUCAAUUUGCAUGCGGGCGGCGCAUAGGGCUGAUGGAGCAGCCUGAGGACUUGGGCAGGACCAACUAUGACAGAAUUCCAGGCCAUCAACCGGCCUCGAUGUGGCAGUUUUGGCAGUUUCGGCAGCUUCUUGAGCUUCCAGACAUUCAAACUGUUGUAUUCGCCCAGUCUGACUUCGGUACAGAGUCGCCCAAGCCUACGAGGUUUCUGUUGCGAAUUUUUGCACCUUUACAUGCAGCUAUGCGUACAGGCCUGCCACAGUUUGAUGAGCAUGGAUGGUAUCUUGGGCCUCUCCCUCGGCAAUCAGGGGGCGCCCCCCUGAUCGGCAAGUCGAAGGGAGUUUUCCGUACGGCACAGUCGGCAGCAUGGCCUCCACAGUUGUGCAAGUGGACUGCUGAGGCUAUUCUCACCUCCUUUCUGCAAGAGUGGGAAGGGGGGGGUGAGAUCAAUUCCACUCCAACUUCGAGGAAGAGACGACGUGAGGAGGAUCCAGCUGGGGUUGAGGUACUUGAGACACUUUCGGCUUCGAAGAGAAGGCGCUUGGAGGAGGACCGACCCGUGCCCGGAGGGCAUCCGAAGGUGGUGGAUCCGAUGAACCCGCCAGUCCCUGGGGGGCGGGGACCCCCGAGGGCAUGUCGUUGGAAGGGGCUGGAGGCAUCAUUCCACGAUGGAGGUGGGUUAUCUUCGCCAGGGAGGUGGCCACCAGAGAGGAGGAUGAAGCUGGAGGGCAGAGAAUGGGUGAUGGUGAGACACCACAUUUUGUUAGCGGCUGUGAAGCGCUUGGGGAGUGUGGCGGAGGUCGAGAAGGAGGCCUCUAGGAUGGCAAGAGGAGGAGACUCAUUCCAGCUCGUCAGAGAAGAGGCCUUUCUGCAAGAGAUCAGGGACAUCCUCGCGGAGAAGUUGGACAUUCCGAGGCAGGAGCGCCCGGAGGAAGGGCAGCCAUUCUUCCUUGACACCAUGAAGGGGGUACUUCAAAGAGCUGGGGACCCGGACUGGGAGUUCCUAGAGCAGGCGAAGACAGGCCUGCCCCUUGGUAUACUCCAUGAGAUGCCAAGGACUCCUGCAGUCUUUGAAGAGCAGGUGAAGUGGAGCCUGGAGGGUGAUGGCUGGGGCAGUGCAGUAUGGCAGAAGGACAACUAUGCUUCGGCUGCCGAGCACGAAAAGUACUUGGUUGAGCAUCUGGAGCAAGAGGUGGCUGAGGGGCUCAUGGUGAAGAUGAGCGAGGAGGACUUUGUCCGUACUUAUGGCAAGAAUCGUGCUGUUGCAGCGUUGGCAGUUUUGGUGGAGGACGAACUGACAGGCAAGAAGCGUGUUAUUCAUGAUGGCACGCAUGGUGUCAUGGUGAAUCACCGAAUCAAGUGCAGAGACAAGGUUCGGAUGCCAGGACCCCGAGAGAAGCGCACCUUGCUGGAGGAGUAUGGGGCUGACCGUGCGGCGGUCUUGUCACUGGUUGGCGAUUUUGCAAAAGCACAUCGGCGUUUCAAGUACCUGAAGGAGGAGCAUGGGUUUUUAGCAUGCAAGGCAGCCACCCGGUCGAGCACUGUCUAUGUCAACCAGGUGCUUGCUAUAGGUCGUCAAGGGAGGAUUGGUGGAGUGUUGGCCUAUGCAGUUAUGGCCGCUCUUGGUGCACCCUUCAAGUGGGCCAAACAACGAGGUGGCCUGGUGACAGAGUGGAUCGGCUUGACCACGGACUACCAGUCCUUCUCCAUGGGCCUCUCGGUGAAGAGGACGGGCUGGGUCCUUGAGUGGAUAGCUUCUUUGAGGAGGAGGAAAGAGGUCACUUAUCGCGAGUUUGCUGCAGGUCUUGGAAGGCUGGGCUUCUCUGCACUGGCCCUCCCCUGGGAGAGGCCUCUACUGGGUCCUUUGUAUGCGUGGGCCUCGGCAAUUCAAAUGAAUCGGGGUGCGAUGACCAUUCCUUGGGCUAUCCAAUUCAUCUUGGACUGGAUUGCCAAGAGGCUCAGGGCCGGAGGCCACAUGGAGAUUGUCAAGCAGCCUUCAAGACAAGGGGGGAGGUCCCUGAAGAUUUGGACAGACGCCAAGGCGACAGAACAGGCGGCUUGGAUAGGGGGAUGGCUUGAAGAGUGUGAGGACAGCAAGCGAUGUCGCUGGUUUUCACUGCAGGUCACAGAGGUUAGCGCCCCCUGGCUUUACUAUCGGGGAAAGAACCCGAAGCGAGUUAUUGCUGCACUGGAAUUGCUGGCGACUCUGGUCGCUUUGAAACUAUGGCUGAAGAGUGCAGGAGAUUCAGCUGAGGUGUGUGCAGAGGCCUUCACGGAUAACCGGGGCAACGCCUUCAUCCUGAAGAAAGGGCUCUCCACAAAAUACCCUGUCACAUUGCUUGUGAUUGAGAGGAGAGAGGCAGUUGAAGAAGGAGGACUCCAAUGGCACGUGAUGGACGAGCUAUUGAGGGGCAGUGAGGUGCUUUUCAAUGAGAUCAAGGAGCACAAAAAGAAGAAACAGGAUGACGGGCCAAAGAUGAGCCUAGCAAGGAAGAAACCGAAGAAAUACUUCAGUCGUUGGAAAUCCUGA